AUGUUCAAGGUACCAGAACCAACUAUAGAUCAACACCUGUAUCAAGCCUCAGACGGCAAAUGGUAUCCCAGAACUCAAAUGCCUCAAGGGUAUAACACACAAAAUGGUGGUGGUGGUGGUGGAUAUGGGUAUGGCCAACAACCAUAUGGUCAACAACAACCAAUGUAUCCACAAUCACAACCUGUAUACGUUCAACAACAAGGUGGAAAUAGAGGUACACCGGGUGCAGGAAUGGGUAUUUUCGCUGGUCUAUGUGGUGCUUUAUUAUGUUUCGAUCUAGGGGCCUGUCUUUUCUAA